CAAUAUCUCCUUUAAUAAAUAGCUUAUUGUUAGAUGUUAGCAUAUUUGGGAUUAUUUUUGAUCAGUGAAGUUGGCAGAGUAAAUUAUUCGCCGAAAAUAGAUUGACAAGCUACAAAUGUUUAGAAAUUCGGCUCUCAUUUAAUUCGAUCAUAGCCCACUUUAAUAAAAAGUUAUUUUAUAAUGUGGUGCACUCUUCCCUAUUGUGCUUUUGUAGAUACCCAAAGCAAGAGGUACACCUAUCGCCACGUGCAAGCCCUAUUUAACAAGAAAUACAGUAAGUUGCUAUAAACUUUAGGCAUAAAGGGGUAAAUUUUAUCUUUCGUGACUUUCUGUCUGAAAACAACAAAGCCAUGGUCGAAAGGACUAACGUUCACCUAAGUAGAAUACUUACUAAAACUACUUUUUGCAUUUGAUUUAAAGGUGAAGCAAUUGGCAAGCCGGGUUCACGAGUACCUUAUCUAAAGAAGAACUUUGAAGUUCAGGGCCUGCCGGAUGGUAUAAUUUUUAAAAAGCCAUUCUGCUAUGGCGCACUGCAGUGUAGGGCCAUAAUGGAGGCAGCAGAGACGAUUGUCUUUGUUGUCACCCAGCCCUCCACAGCCGAAGAAUCUCAACACCAGGCCAGUACAUCUGCUUCACACUCUGUGUCCGCUGAUGUCCCAUUGUUGGUCAAGAUUGUCAAGAAGGUUGCAAGUGACGUUAACGUAAACGACGUUAUUUCUGGGAAAAGGAUCCUAAAGGAGGAGGAAAUCAACGUGGAGGAUUGCGUGCUAGAUCAAGAAGAACGUCUGACCUUAUAUAGAAAUUGCAGAAAGUUUUUUGAUCGGGAUGCGUGGACUGCAGUCGGCCAUAACACAAGGGAUUGUAGCAGGUCUCCUAGAGACCUCAUCUUUCCCUUGUAUACCGAAGCUGAAGAUGAAGACUUUUGGUUAUUUUAUUGCCAUCAGAAAGUCAUUUCCAAAGUAUUUAAUGGCAGGGAUUCGACAAAAUUAAAGGGUUACUGGCUAGAUCGUGUAGGUAACGGUAAAAGGUACCGAAUGCUUCCUGAGGAGGAUGAGAUAAAGGUAAAAUGGAUCGUCAAAACCGACCAUGGUCCUUUAUACUAUGAGCAGUGUUUAAAUGGCAAUGCCAGUGCAGCGGAGUUUGAACUUCCAGAUUUAUUUCAGGAUUGUAUAAGGAUCACUCUGCAACAAUAUGGUUUUUUGAGAUCUUAA